AUCCUUGUGUUUAAAAUGAAUAAUAACGGCAGAAAACUUGCCUAUACUCCAUAUAACAUCGAUUUCGUCGAACAAUGAAUGUAUAUCCAAGUUCUCGAUCCUUCUAGGAAAUGUUCGGUUACACCGGAACUUAGUCCUUCCUUACUUGUGUUUUGAAUAAAUUUGUCCACGAAGGCUAACAUGACAUCGUGACUAAACAAUUUUAGCAAUUAAGGUCUUCAAACAUAUACAGCAAUAACUUCAAUAAACCCUAACUACAAUAUUUAAAGGUUGAGCUCUGUAAUUAUUCACUGCAGCCACGUAACUCUGUAAUUAACAUUUGCUGUAACAUUAUAUGUACAUUCAUAUUUUAUUUGCUACCUCAUACUUUCAUUUCGUGUGUCACAAUCAAGAAACAUACGAAAACUCAAAUUUUUAUUUUGUUUUUCUUCUUCGUGUUCUUGAAAAAAGUAAAAGCCUGUCAUUGUUAUUUUUUUGAGUGAAAACAGAAAUUUAAUGUACGUCAGAUUUGUUUAUUUAUUAUUUAUUUCUAGCUAGACCAAUUUUGACAAAUUGCAUUCGGAAUACGAGUGAAAACGAAAUAACAAAGAACCCUAAAUGUCAUUUCAAUGCAACUGAGGCGCUGCAUAUGGACUGGUGAGUCCAAUGAGUUAUAUACCAUAUAUACGGUGCAAGAGAGGCUUUUCUUCGUUUCACUUCGUUGCAGUACUUCUGGUGGUGAUUUUGCACAUUACAAGUACAACUCCAGUACCGUUUCGUAGUGACGAUUAUUUUUAUUUGGAACCCGACAUGGAUGAUGAUAUGGACUAUAUGCAGAGUGCCAAUUUAGCUGACGACGACUAUCAACCAAACGAAUCUGAAUCGGACUAUGUUAUGUUUCCGCGCUCAGCGGAGACGACGACGGAAUGUGAAACUGAACCGCCCAAGCAUGUAGAAACACAUACGCCCAGCACGCAUGGUGUAGUGGCAACGACGUGUGUGGCUAUUAUACCGGGACAAUCGGCAAAACACGAAAUGCACGCUACCGAAAAGCCACAAACAGCACCGCAAAGUAUGACGACGGCGCCUCAACCGGCCGCAACGAUUCUACAACCAACCACAGCAGCGCCAGCUGCAGUAACCGUCACCGUUGCUCCACAAACCACGACAACUCAAGCCACGCAUACGACGACAUGUACGCCCGAAGUCGAGACGACAACGUGCAUACCGGAGGAGGAAUCAACCGGAAAAAAAGGCGGAAAAGGCGCCGUCGAGGCGACCACCUGCAUGUCGCUGAAGAGUCUGGUAGGUGGCGCUGGUAACGGUUCCUAUGACGGCAUACUAAUGCCGCCAUCGGAGGUUUUUCCACCCGUCUCGCUGACUGAACAGGAGGGUAAAACUCGUGCGCUGCACUCACUUGUGCAACAUCUGUAUGUGGCGCAGGCGCGCGUCCAACUUGAAGCCAUUGAAAUCAAGAAGGCCCAAGCAGUCGCCAAUUCGGCGCAGCAACAGUUGGAGGAAGCCGCCAAUCAUGUGCGCAGCGUAACAGCGGCGCUGCAGAAUGCUCAGCAAGAGGUCGCUUCGGCGGCCAUACGUGCCCAAACGGCGCAAUUGCAGUUAGCCGCGCACGAUCAACUGCUCUUUGCAGCGCGUCAAGAUGUGGACGCGCUCUCUUCGCAAAUGGUCGGCUUGCAGGCGGCGGAAGGUAUUGCCGUGCCGACGGUGAAGUUCGAUAUUGGUGGCUUGUUGGAUAAGUUAAAGCAACCGUUGGCAGCUGCGGAGCGGCCGACAGCGGUGCCGCCGGUGUUAUCAAUGCAAGAGCAAGCACCAGCUGAGCCGGCGCCACUUUAUGCUGACUAUGAUUACGAUUAAGUUUCAAAUAUGCUUUUUACUCCCUCUACGUAUAUAUAUCGCUAUCAAUCUAUAUACCAUUAGUCCCUUAUAUGUAUGUGUACGCCUGUAUAUUUUUUUAAACUGUAUUUCUGAAACGAUUUGUGUUGUUUUGUGCACUUCACUUCAUAAAUGAAGAGUGUUUAUUGUAUUUUCGAUUAUUUUAUUUAAUUCCCAUGUCUACUCACACUCAUUAACCACAAUAAAUGACUAUUUAUAAAUUA